AUGGCCGUGACUCGCGACGUGCUUGCGUCAGCCCUGGCCGAGCCGCCCGCGCCGCUGGCGCAGAGCCCCCAGCCGGAGGCGCCGGCCCCCGCCGAGCCGCCCGCGUCGCUGGCGCAGAGCCCCCGGCCGGAGGCGCCGGCCUCCGCUGAGCCAGCCGCGCCGGCGCAGGGUGCCCAGCCAGCGCCUGCGGACGGUUGGCCGGCCGCCUGGCUGAAGGCCGUCCGUGUUCCCACGGGUGCUGCCCGGGCCGGGAGCGUCCUUGCGCCAUGUGAGGGAGGUGCAUGA